AUGAGACUUUUCCGCAAAAUGUCUGUGGGAGGAGUGGUUGCAGAUACAGUCACUUAUAGCAGUCUAAUCCAAGGGUUUUGUCAAUCUGGGAAACUUAAUGUCGCCAAAGAACUCUUCCAAGAGAUGGUUUCUGAAGGUGUUCAUCCUAAUAUUAUGACUUAUGGUAUUUUGCUGGAGGGGUUGUGUGACAAUGGAGAAGUAGAAGAGGCUUUGGAAAUACUUGAAAAAAUGCACAAGUGUAUGAUUGAUCCUGGUAUUUGUAUCUAUAAUAUCAUCAUUCACGGCAUGUGCAAUGCUAGUAAGGUCGAUGAUGCUUGGGAUCUAUUCUGCAGCCUACCUUCGAAAGGAGUGAAGCCUGAUGUUAAGACGUACACCGUAAUGAUUGGAGGAUUAUGUAAGAAAGGCUCUUUGUCUGAAGCGGAUGCAUUGUUUAGGAAAAUGGAAGAGGAUGGGAUUACACCAAUUAGUGGUACAUACAACACUCUUAUCAGGGCACAUCUCCGAGAAGGUGACUUAGCGACAUCAGCUAAACUUAUAGAAGAAAUGAAGAGUUGUGGGUUCUCUGCAGAUUCUUCCACGAUAAAGAUUGUUAUGGAUAUGUUAUCGGAUGGUAGAAUGAAGAAAAGCUUUCUGGAUUUGCUUUCUUAGAAUGUUUGGAUCUUAGUUUGCAAGAGACAAAAGUCCCGGUUAGUGUUUUGAUGAUGUGUAUUUGGGCUUAUUAGUUGAAACUAAUUUUGUUUGUUAACAUCUAAACAGAGCUUGAUGCCUUCAGCUUUGUCCUUUUUUUUUGUCGCUUCAAGUGUUUCGUUUCUGAUUUAUGCUGAUGUUUUCAGUUUACCGAA